AUGCGUCGCUCGUCGCUGCUGUGGCGGGCAAAGACGCUGGCGCAGAUGUUCCGCAAGCUGAAGCUCGCGGGUGCCCACCCGGAUGUUUUGUGGGCCGUGGACGCACUGAAGGCGCAGCACAACGGCGAGGAGAUGAUUCGUCUGGAGACGAUGAUGCACCAGCGCAGUUCCGUGCACGGGGGCAGCAGCUACGGGCGUCAAGGCACCGCGGAAAGCUUCACGUUUUGGCUGGCCGAGGAGCAGGGAAGCCGCCACGGUGGACCGGCAACGGCACUGCGGUCUGUAACCUGCACCAUCAACCCGGUUGCGCCCAACGCCACGGUGAAGCAGCAGCUCUCGCAGCUCUUUCGUGACGCCGGCAUCUACGAGGACUUUGACAUCGAUGACACGGGCGUUGAGAUGAACCUGGAGUCCGUGCUGCGUCACGCGGACGAGCGACAGAACGAGCACCUCCAUCAGUCUGGCGCACUGUACAUUCGCGGGGACAAGGCGGUUGAGAUGCUGCGGCGCUUUGGUGUCCUGCUCAUCGUGGAGGAGAGCGGCAUCACGUACCUCGUCACGCUGCCGGAGGUGCACCACCACCAGCAGCUGCAGCAGGAGCCCUUGGACCGCGCCGCCGCGGCGUACGCGCCGGCGAGGAGCCUCGUCGGCCCCAACGGGGAGAUUGACCCCGACGUUCAGGAGUACAUGCGGGAUCGCGGCCUCCGUGCCUUUGAUCUGCGCAUGGCGGGGAGUCAUUCCUCGGUGGAGCGCUUUGUCUCCGCCUUUGAACGCCUUGAACGCAUGUAUGAGGUGCACCGCGGCAGGGCGAUGCGGCCGUGCGUGUGCGUCGUCCUUUCCCUCAAAUCCCUGGACAACUACGUGGCGGAGGACGGCUGCCUUGUCCUUUCCGUGCAACGCAUGCCCACGUGGGAGGAGUUUCUUUUGACCCUUCCGCAGGAGGUGUGGCAGAGAUGUGUGCAGAUGCACCGCGACUGGCGCAUUGGAAACGCCCCGAAACUGCGGGCGCGGCAACGGCAGCUUAUGAAGGUGGCAGACAUGUUCCAUUUUUUUCGUGUCCAGCUGGACUCCGGCAUCGGGGCGCGGACGGACUGGCAGGAGGACUUCAUACUGCGGCUGAUGAAGGAGGAAAUGGUGAUACGCAACGCGGUGCGGAAGUAUAAUUUGAAGUCGGAGCUGUUAAAGAAACGCGGGGAGAUUCACGUGGCCCACACCCUACGUAGUGCGAUGGAUCCAGCGAAGGAGAUUGGCUACCGCAUCGGCGGCGAUGGUCGUCUCUUCUUCAACUUCAGCACGAUGACCACGGGGCAGAUGCUGCGGGUCUUGAAGGACAACCUGCGACGUCUGGAGACGUUUCAAAAGCAGCACGACACCGCCGUGGCCACACUGGAGCACCUGAGCCGCAGCAUCCCGGUGGACUUUAGCGUGGACACCGAGUGGAAGCUGCGGCAGGAGGGGAACCUUGUGAACUGUCUGCAGCGGUUCGUGCACACCAUAAAGGCAAACCAGGGACAGCUGGCGGCUUUUCUGGCGAUGCUAAUGAGGAGCGGCACGGCGGCGGGGGUGCCGAAGAAGCGCAUGGUGUGGAUCAUCUCCGCCCGGUUUGACACGAUGCCGAGCGGGGUCGUGUUCGUGCCGUGGGACGUCGACUUUGCGUCCAUCAAGAAGCACCUGCUGCCGAAGGGGUAG